ACUGAGGCGCAUGUUAUAGUCAUGAUGGCUACCCAGCCCCUAAAUUAGAGACGUGAGAGGCAAGUUAAAAAAAACUUCGACCCACCCUGGUGACUUCCAUAACUGUUUUGCCACUGCUGGUACUGGUGUGUGGAACGUGUUUCAAGUUUUGUUGCUCAACACGUGCAUUUGUCAGGACUGCAUUUGUCUCUGGAAACGGAAGUUUGAUCUUUUUCCACAUUUGACUGCAUGUGCCUGAGAGUCUGACCCUGCAUAUCUUCAAUGGCUGCCUUGUGCUCCACCUCUGUGCCUGAGGGUUUCCACUAUGAGACUAAGUACAUUGUCCUCAACUACCUGGGCCUCCUGCCCCCCUCCCAGCUACUGUCCACUGCUGGCGGAGGAGAUGACCAGUAUGCUAUGGAGAGAGAGCGGAACAGAGUGAUGAAAGGACAGAUAGAGGAAGAGCUAAGGCAACUGGAAGAUGAGAUCUCAGCCUACUUCUCCAGUACAGGCUUCGACUGCCACAUGUCUCCGGUGUUCAGCCCUGCCAACCCAGAGAGCUCCAUCGAGGACUGCCUUGCUUGCCUGGGCGACCGGGUGGCCAGAGACCUGGACACACACCUGACCUCCACUGUACACACACUCCUCAGUGCCCCUUUGGACUACGAGCGUUUCAGAAAAGCAGCACAAGACGUCUCCUGCCACACGCAGAGCGGCUGGACCAAGGUGCUGGUGCCUUUAGUGCUGCUGCAGGCCCUACAGGGAGAAGGACAGAUCCUGGCCACCCUCCUUCCUCUGGGGGUCAAUUUCCUGGAGGAGGCUGAGGCAGACUACAUCAUCCGGCAGGGAGGAUGGGGUACAGUGUUUAGCCUGGAGGAAGAGGAGCAGCAGGGCUUGAUCAUAGCCGAGGACAGCAACGACAUCUAUAUCCUGUCUGGAGAGCAACUUCCCACAUCGCUGCUGGGCACCAGAGAUAGCAGUGAGCUGGGCAGCUGGCAGACAGAAAGCUUACGUGUGUCUCUGGCAGGCCACGAGUCCUGGGCACAGGUGGGCAUGAUGGACCAUCCCGAAGACAUCAAGAGCCUGGAAAGCAACGAGGGCAACCUCUCAGAGGAGCGCAGCGAGAACAACUCUUCCAACUCUGACAUCGUGCACGUAGAGCGAGAGGACGCAGAGGAGGGUGAGGGCGGGGCAGAGGCGCCAGAGCUGCAGGAGAUAAUGCUGAGCGUACUGGGGACGGAGAGUGAACUGGCCGAGCUGAGGGCGGAGUUUAGGGAUGACACCCCGCCUCCUGUCCCAGCAGCCCCAGAGCCUGUGGUGGGAUGUCUGGAGGAGCCGGUCGUCAUCGAGACCCCUGUUCCCCUGUCGGCGGUCCCGUCAGAGCCAGAACCGCGUGCCCCAUCCACUGUUCCCAUGUCAGAGUCCGAAUCCCCUGCACUAGCCCCUGUGGUUGAGCCUGCCCCUGUUGUUGAGGCAGCACCCGCCAAGAUGCCCCCUACUCCCCAACCAGCAGAGCAAGUCCCAGAACCAGUCCCAAUACCAGUCGCAGCAGCACCACCCCAGCCAGAGCCCGUUCCAGAGGAGCCCCAGCCUGAACUUCAGUCAGAGACCGUGCUGGAGCUGGCAGCAGCGCCUGUCCUGGAGGCACCCCCAGCCCCUGUGGAGACCCCUGUGGCCCCAGCUGAGGAGGCCCCAGUGCAAAUGGAACCAGAGCCCAAGUUGGAGCUUCCAGUGCUGCUUUAUGGUGGAGCUGCCCUGGUGGCCCUAGCUGCUGUAGUGGCCUGGGUAGUCCUGACCCACCGGAAAAGGUAGCCUAGCGGUGUUCCUGACCUGGGCCCCAGACCUCGCCACCUCCCUGGUCCCUGCCUAGCUCACUGCAGGUAACCUGGGCUGCUGCGCUGCCAAUGCCAGGUGCACACGCCAUGGCAAAAUGAACUCUUCUUUUCUCUCUCCAUUUUUAUUUGCCUCCGUUCUCAUCUCAUCUGGCGUUUUUGAUAUGUUUGUCUUCAGUUGUACAUUGAGGUGAUGGGUCGGCGACAGCAAACUGGAAAGGACAUAUUUUACAUUUUUAUCUUGCUUUCUCUAUUGUGUGUUUUCUGGGGGUGUGGUUCUGUCCUGUGCCAUCUUGAUGCACGUGAACGAUACAAGCAGGGUGUCUGUUACCCUCUCGGCUGGCGCUUCGGUACCUCUUUGUCCUCAGAGCCUAGUGGGUGUAGCUCAAGUCAUAAUUGCCAGUUCUGUUGCAAAAAAGGGGUAGAGGAAAGGGCACCUAUUCCAAUAGAUUUUUCUAUCUGGAAUUAUUAGAAAAAGUAUGUUCUGUCUACCUUUUGUCCUCUGAAAAACAAUCCAGUCUUCAAGAGCAGGUUGAGGAGAUGAAUGUGGUUAUGUAGAAUUUAUUUUUAUGGCAGUUAAAGAGUCUAAUCAUGAUGUUUUUGUUUUUAUAAUUGUAUGUGAUGUUGGGAUAUAAGAUUCAUUACUGGAGACCCUGACAUACCUGUAAAAUAACUAUCUGCAGAUUUACAAGGGACAAAUUUCUUCAUAUAUAGCACUUCAUUGAGAUGAUUAAUAUCACACUAAAAUGUGAAGUAGAUCUAUUUAUGAUUUACUCCCCCACUAUAUUAAUGGCUGAUUGCCAGUCACUUACUACAUCAACUGAUAAUAAAUGUAUUAUUUUUUUAAUUAUUCGGGCCGACUAUUUUCUUUUG